AUGGCCGAGCGGCAGCCGGGCCCGGCGCCCGGGGACUGGGAGAUCGACGUGGAGAGCCUGGAGUUAGAGGAGGACAGCUGCGGGGCGCCGCCGCCGGCCGCUGGGGAUGGUGAAGACGACGAGGAAGACGAGGAGGACGACGGCGACGCGGAGGAGGAGGGCGAUGGCGAUGGCGAAGCGGCGGUGGGCGCGGGUUCCGGGGCGCUGCACGGGUCCGAGCCGCCAGGGGGACGACGCAGCCCACCGUCUGCACCGCAGAUCCAGCGCGCCGUGGCGGGACCCGGGGAGCGCGGGGUAGCAGCUGAGCCGCGCAAACUGAGCCGCACGCCCAAGUGUGCGCGUUGCCGCAACCACGGCGUCGUGUCUUGUCUCAAAGGCCACAAGCGCUUCUGUCGCUGGCGUGACUGCCAGUGCGCGAACUGUCUGUUGGUGGUGGAGCGACAGCGCGUCAUGGCCGCUCAGGUGGCGCUCCGGAGGCAACAGGCCACUGAGGACAAGAAGGGACUUUCUGGGAAACAGAAUAAUUUCGAGCGCAAAGCCGUGUACCAGAGGCAAGUCAGGACACCCAGUUUGCUGGCCAAAACCAUUCUAGAAGGAUACCGCCCCAUUCCCGCAGAGACAUACCUAGGAGGGACCUCGCCUCUGCCUCCCCCAGUAAGUGACAGGAUGAGAAAGAGGAGAGCCUUUGCUGAUAAAGAACUGGAGAACAUUAUGCUGGAGAGAGAAUACAAAGAGAGAGAGAUGCUGGAAGCUUCCCAAGCUGCUACCUUGUUCCUGCCCAACCACUUGGUGCAUGGACCUGAAUACAAUUCCUACAAAAACGCCUACAGCCCCACACCCGUGGAGCCCCCCAGCAAGGAUUUCUGCAACUUCUUGCCUGCCUGUCUUGACCUAACCAUGCAGUAUUCUGGUUCUGGGAACAUGGAACUCAUUUCUUCCAAUGUCAGUGUGGCCGCCACAUACAGACAAUACCCCGUGUCCUCUAGAUUUGUAGUGUGGCCCAAGUGUGGCCCCAUUAGUGACAGCCUCCUCUACCAGCAAUGCCUGCUGAAUGCCACCACCGCCGUGCAAACCCUGAGACCUGGGACUGGCUGGGACUCCAAGGGCUCUCGUCUCCAGCAUGUCCUCCGCACAGAGCAAGACACCAUGACAGCCAAAAUGGAAGGCUCCCUGGUGCUGGCCCCCAUGCCUGAGGUCCAGGGUGGGCAGGGCCACCAGGCAACACCUGAGGGGUCCGCUUUCUCCCCACCCCGACGGAAUUUCUCUCCCGUGGUUGACACAGACACCCUGAGUGCUCCAGGGAACAUAUUAACCAAGUUCAGCAAAGAAAGCAGUAGGCACCCUCUUCCACUUAAAAAUAAUCCUUUCCACUCAUUAGUCCAGCAAACGUUUCAUGACAAAUCCGGGCCUGAAUUGAAAACACCGUUUGUUAAGGAGGCCUUCGAGGCGGUCCCAAAGAAACCCCGAGAGUAUUCAGCCCAGGAGAAGCAGGGGUACACAUUUACAAUAGAUAGGUGUACACAGGACCUUUUUGUGGCCAAGCAAGUUGGAACAAAACUGUCUGUGAAUGAACCCCUGUCAUUUUCGGUGGAGUCUAUUCUUAAGAGACCGUCAUCUGCCAUCACUCAUGUCUCCCAGUGA